GUUCACUGGUUCUCGCGAUGAGCUUAUUGUUGUCUGUGUCCUUGAUGUGAAAGCCAAAAUGGGUUACUGGGAUCUGCAAGAGGGGAAAGAUUGUGUUGAAAAAACAUGGAUCACCACGAAAUUGGGCACUGCUAUAGGAUUGGUGGGUUCAGCUUAUCAUAUGGUGGCAUUCCAGCCUGAUUCGGCGAUGCAAGCUGUCCAGAGAGCCACGUCGGGAACAGUUACCAUGGCUUCCCUCGGUGCUGUCUUUGGACUGGCGACGUGUCUCAGUGCACAGGCCAGAGACGCUCCUGAUGACCCCAGUAACUACUUCAUCGGAGGUUGUGCCUCUGGAGUCAUGCUCGGAGCUAGAACCCACAAUGCCAUGACUGGCGCGACAGCGUGUCUGGGGCUGGGAACCCUGGCCAUGUUUACCAAGGUGGCUAAGUUGGAGAACUGGAGAAUAACAGGACCACCUAGGCUGUAAAUACCUGAAGAGCAGACGGCAAGACUAUAUAUUGACAUGUAUAUUGUAUAUUAAGUAUUCCUGGAAUAAAAAAUGUGUGUAAAUCCCA